GUGUGGGAGUGGGAGUGUGGACCAGCAGCGAAGAGAAGAUCCACGCAAGACGCACCUCUGGCACAAGGACAGGAACGAGGUAAGAAGACCCGCAGUUAUGAGCGUCCCCAAGCCGCGCGGCAUCGUCCGGGAAGCUUCCCACCAGAUCAUCGCCGGCGGCUCCGCAGGUCUGGUGGAGAUCUGCCUGAUGCACCCGCUGGAUGUGGUGAAGACCAGGUUCCAGAUCCAGAGAGGAACCAGCGACCCUAACAGCUACAAGAGCCUGGGGGAUUGCUUCCGCACUAUUUUCCGCAACGAAGGGAUCCUGGGCUUCUACAAGGGAAUCCUGCCUCCCAUCGUGGCCGAGACCCCAAAGAGGGCCGUCAAGUUUUUCACCUUCGAGCAGUACAAGAAGUUGCUGAAUUUGACCCCUUUGUCUCCUGGUCUGGCGUUGUCCGCAGCGGGUCUGGGCGCAGGCUUGACCGAGGCCGUGGUGGUCAAUCCCUUCGAGGUGGUCAAAGUCAGUCUUCAGGCCAACAGGAAUGCCUUCAAAGAGCAACCGUCCUCGUUUGGCCAGGCCCGACGCAUCAUCAACUCGGACGGCUUCGGGCUGAAGGGUCUGAACAAGGGACUGACCUCCACGCUCGGACGCCACGGAGUUUUCAACAUGAUCUACUUUGGCUUCUAUUUCAACGUCAAAGACGCCUUCCCUGCUAACUCGGACCCGACCCUGGAGUUCCUGAGGAAGUUCACCAUCGGCCUGGUGUCGGGGACCAUCUCGUCCUGCGUCAACAUUCCCUUCGACGUGGCCAAGAGCCGCAUCCAGGGCCCUCAGCCGGUUCCUGGAGAGAUCAAGUAUCGCACCUGCUUCCAGACCAUGGCUUUGGUCUACCGGGAGGAAGGGUACUUGGCACUCUACAAGGGUUUGGUGCCAAAGAUCAUGAGACUUGGACCAGGUGGCGCUGUGAUGCUGCUGGUCUACGAGUACGUGUCUGGGUGGCUGCAGAGGAACUGGUAACCACGCCAACCAACGACAACAACAACAACAAAAAGCUACCCUAAUAGCUGUAGUAGCCAGAAGUCUUUAUGAAGUAUCUUAGUGAGUAUUCAUCCAAAUAGAAACUAGUAAUGUUGCAGUUUGGACCUACAGAUUGCUUUUAAUACCAAAUAUUGUAUUUUUAAUACCAGCAUUGCAGUAUUUUCAAUAGUUUUGUGUUUUUUUCAAAUACUUUAAACAGCUUUAUGUCAAGUUCUCAGGAAGUGCAGAGAUCUUAACAGCCAUAAGAUGUAAUGUAUGCAUACUGUACGCAUCGCUAUAUUUGCACUGUCAAUCAUACAUGAUUGACACAUCAUGUUUGUGUAUAUAUAUAUACAUAUAUAUAUAUAUUGUAUAUAUAUGUAUGUAUGUAUAUACAUAUAUAAACAUAUAUAUACUGUAUAUAUUAUGUAUGUAUAGUAUAUAUACUGUAUACAUAUACUAUAUUUAUAUUGUAUAUAUACAUAUAUAUUAUGUAUGUAUGUAUAUAUAUAUAUAUAUAUAUAUAUAUAUAUAUAUAUAUAUAUAUAGUCGAAGUUUCUGUGGUUUAUCCGUUAUACGUUGCCCAAUACCGGGGUAGAGUGGAAUAUACGUUAGGUCAGGAAAAAAACACGGAGGCUAUUUCAUCCCUGCAAGCCUGUUUCGCAGGUUUCCCCGCUCUUCGGGGGAUUUCAUUGAAGUGUGAAGGGACACGUCAAUGAAAUCCCCCGAAGAGCGGGGAAACCUGCGAAUACAGGCUCGAAGUGUGAAGGGACACGUCAACGGAAUCCCCUGAAAAGCAGGGAAACCUGCCAAACAGGCUUGUCGGGAUGACGUAGCCUUUUUGUUUUUUUCCUGACCGAACGUAAAUAUUCAUAUAUAUGUGAUUACAUAAAUACAGUAUAUAUAUAUAUAU